AUGAAUCACCUUUCGCCACCGUUAACUCCGCAUUCCCAAAAACCAACACCGUCACCCGCGUUGGCUGCCUUCGCCAAUUCGGCGCUGGGGGAUGUGAAUUUCGACUCUACGAAGAAUUGGAUACAAAAUGCAUCGGCAUUUAAUUCGGUUAUAGCAUCGAAACUUAACAAUCUACCCUUCCUCUACAAUCCGCUAUUCUACUCGAACGUGUUGUUGCCACAGUUUUUACUCUCCUCCACAACGUCAGCGCUCGGCACACCCAACACACCAACAACACCGCACUCACCCGCCUCGUUUGCCAAUAACCGCGAUUACACGCUGACACCCGAAAAGGAUCAGGAAAAUAUGCAUGUACAACAACUGCAACAGCAGCAACAACAACAACAUGAUAACAGCAGCGGUGAGGAUAUGCCGCUCAACUUAUCGUUGAAACAAGAGUCAAACAUGAAGAAACCGCCAACACGCCUAAGCGCUGACAUAAAAGAUGACUACAGCGAUUUGGAGCUAAAUUUACAUACGCCACGGAGCGCAACGGAAAUCACUUGCACACCACCGCCACUGCGCGCUGUGAAUCUCAAAACUGCCAUCGACCAAAGCAGCAUCACCAAUAAGCUGGAGCCACGUUCGCCAACGAAAAACCGACGCACACACGGCUCGAUCAUUUGGUCACCGGCGAGUAUGUGCGAAAAAACUGUGGCGGCAGUGGCGGAAGUGAACGAUGGCGCUGCGGAACUAAGCAGUGGUGGCGUUGGUGUCUACGCCAUCGAUCCGAUUGUGCGUAAAUUCAAGUAUGAACGCCGUGGCAGUUAUCCGCGUCGCUCCCUCGGCGCCACAUGCGCCGAAAAUGUAUCGCUACAAUCACCACUCUCCUCCACCACCGCUUUGGCGACCCAAUUUAAUGCUGCCGCUGUAGCUGCGGCCGCCGCUGCACGAGCACAGGAACUGAAGGUGGCGAAUUUAGAGAUCGAAGCGCAACAGCGAAUUUUCGCACAUCGGACCGCCUUCAUGGCCGGCCUGGCGACGGGUAAUAAUUUUGAAAUGUUGCAAGCUCAACUCAAGGAGCUGCAGAGUCGAGCGGAUGCUCUUGUGCAAAACAACAACAACAACAAUAACAAUGAGAAUACUAUACUAAGCCGAAAUGCAAGUCGUCUGGAGAGAGGUGACAGCUACGACAGCCAUGAGGAUGCUUUGGAGCUCAUGAAAACGGAAGAAUAUGUGGAUAUGGCGGAGGAUGCGAUCCGUUACUCACCAAAUAACUCGCUUUCAGGACACGAAAAUCAGCAGCAGCAGCAGCACCACCACCACCAUCAACAACAGUUGCAACACUAUGUUGCACAACAACAACACCAGCAUCCGGACUCGACGGCGAUCAUUAGCACAGCAGAUGUUCCGCAUCGGUCAUACAGUUGCAGCAGUGAGGGCGAGUGCGAGAAGCGAGGGACCCGCAACUUUCAGUGCAAGCAAUGUGGCAAAUCCUUCAAACGUUCAUCCACAUUGUCCACACAUUUACUCAUACACAGCGAUACGCGGCCAUAUCCUUGCCAAUACUGUGGCAAGCGCUUUCAUCAAAAAUCAGAUAUGAAGAAGCACACUUACAUACAUACAGGUGAAAAGCCACACAAAUGCACUGUGUGCCAGAAAGCUUUCAGCCAAAGCUCCAAUCUCAUCACACACAUGCGCAAGCACACCGGCUAUAAGCCCUUCGGUUGUGGCCUCUGCGAUCAGUCUUUCCAGCGUAAAGUCGAUCUGCGUCGUCACCGCGAGAGUCGGCACGAAGAGACCUUGGCGCCGGUGAAAAUGGAAGUGAGCAGCAGCAGUUGCUGAAGGCACGCCUGUGGGCCAAUGGGGGCCCAGCCAAGCUAUAACGAGACUAGUGAUUAUUUGUUAUUUACACCGCAGAGGUACCCGGUGUGGAUUGGUUAGUUGUAGGCGGUGGAUGGCAGUGAAACUUCAAUGAGUGUUUGAGUUUAUUUGUGUAUGAAUUAUUUAUUAAAAUCGGAAACUAAGAGCUGACGUCAAUUAGUUUUAGUUCAUAUGUCAAGUACAUGGUAUUGUUCGGUCCAGAUUGGUCUGUUGAAAUGCUAAGUCGUUAAAGCCAAAGUUUUGUACACACAAAUUUAUUUGUUAAGUCGAUAACUGUUUAAGCUAAAGAGCAUAAGUAAAUAAAAAUAAAUUCUACAAAUUUUCCAAGCCAGUGAAUGUGUGUCAGUGUGUUGGUAGAGCCUUUGAUCAUCUAAAGACAGAAGUUUAAGUGUUGAAUAUAAGAAAAUUAGUUUAACUGCGUAGUUUGUUAUAAAAGUUAGGAGGUGUAGUAUUAAAAUAAUUAAAAAUCAUGUUCUAAUUUAUUUCCCUU